CCAUUCAAGUUUCUCAACCACAAGCGAUGCUCACCGUUCGUGAAGAGCAAAGCGACUCCGAUGUCAAGUCUUUCAUCACAGUUGGUGAUAUGAAGUCACAGCCAUCUCAUAACAUUUAUUUCUCAGAGGCUAGCCCGGCAUACGGCUGGCGCUUUUGUGUUCAGCGAAUACACACACCGCCCAGAAGGAAGAUCAGGCUUGCCCAGUCCAUAUCGACGUUCAUAUAUCUAGAUACGGAGAAUGUAGCUCGGGACCUGGUUGGUCAGGAAGUAGCCAUUGAAGCACGGAAGACUACCUGGCCGCCUAGCGAACUUCAGGCUCCUGUGGUAACAUUCACAAACAUCGUUGUUCGCAAAUCCAUUGUUCGACCAAUCUUCUCAUACCCCGACGAGCUAGACGCAGACACCGAAGUUGUCGUAACAAUCCGAGCCGCCGGUGGAGCAACAUCCCCCGUAGAUGAUGCCAUAACUUUCACACCUUCCGUCCCUCGCUCAGACACGGAACGGAUGUUCAACAGUCCCCGUAGUACUCUUUCAACGUCCAUGAUGACAGGGACCUUCUUCGACGUGAUGUUUCUGGCGUUCACCCGCCGAAGAAGCGCGACAAGCGCCCUGUUGCGCCCUGUGCCCAUCUAUGCAACUAAUCAAGUCCUUCAAGACAUGGGCGUUGACAUAGCCUCUGGCGAAUGCAGCAUGUGUUCGCAUGUUUCUCCUGGUGCUAGUGCACCCUCGCAUCAUGAUCUCUACGAUUAUGAGGAAGACAGCGAUCUUGAUGAAGACGAACCCCAAAUCCUUGAAGAGCUUGUACCUGAGCCUUCUGUCUCGCAAACACCCUUAGAGUAUAAUUCUGACAGCAUCAAGGAGAAUCAUUUGUCGGACGAAUCCCAUGUAAAAUCUCCCCUUUAUCAUAUAGCACAGUCCCCAGAGCAGAAAGACGCUCAGAGCUUCCCAACCUACCUUGUCACCGCAGCCGCUUAUAACACGUGGAGGGCUUUCGUCUACUAUACCUACACUAAAGAAAUAAGCUUCGCUUCACUCACCUCCUCGGGUGUCCAGCAGGACGUCCACUCUCCUGCUGAUGCACCACUUUGCUCACCGAAGUCGAUGUACCGCCUUGCAAUAAAACUUAACAUGCCUGCUUUGGCGGAAGAAGCACUUCGCAACUUUGAAUCGAAGCUUUCAGCAAAGAACGUCCUCGACGAGUCUCUGACGAAAUUUGCUGCGACGUAUCCGCAAGUUCGCGAAGUCACAUCGACUGUUCUACUUAAGCACCGCCAUGCGCCCGAGGUACUACAGUCACUUCCGGCUAAAAUCCAGAAGAUAGUGCGCGGAGAAAUGGCUCAUGCUGAGCCUGUGCUUAUGGCCUUGUUAUCCGUACAACCAUCACAACCAACACCGCCUGCGUAGACCAUCUGGGUCUCAGAUCUUGUUGAGAGAUGGAGAUAGUUGAUCAGCUGCUAUGAGAAAGGAUUCUGCUACGUGUCUCUUUGAGACUAGUACCGCCAGAUCGCAACCCUGCCAUCGAUUCGUCAGGGGCAUAUUACCG